AUGACGAAAGUCUUGGCGGAGAUCAAGAAAACCACCGGUACAAACGUCAAACGACCGGGAAAACCACGAGUCAACAAUGCAGCAGCAGCAGCAGCAGCAGACGGCCUCCCACCCGAAGCCAUCGCCCUCGCAACGCGAUUCUACGACGCCGCUCGAUCAGGGCAGAUGGCCAUCUUCCAGCAAGCACUACCCGCUGGCCUCCCAGCUAACAUGACGAAUGAGAAGGGGGAUAGUCUCAUCAUGCUCGCAGCCUACCACGGCCACGCCGCGCUCGUCCGCCUCCUGCUCCAGCACGGCGCGGACCCGAACAGGGUCAACGACCGGGGCCAGUCGCCGCUGGCGGGCGCUGUUUUCAAAGGCGAGCCGGAGGUUAUCGAGGCCUUGCUGAAGGGAGGGGCAGAUCCCGAUCACGGCUUGCCGAGUGCGAUGGAGGCUGUGACUCUGUUCAAGCAGGAGGAGGUGUGGAAGGAGAGGUUUGAGGGGGCGCCGGGGAGGGGGAGCGCUGAUAGGGAGGGAUGA